GUCCUCUUCCGCCCGGCCCUCUGCGCCGCGAGCCCCGACUCCCCGCGGACACCGGGGUCCCCGGGGGCGUCUUCCUUUGUCUCCGCUCCCCGCCCUCCUCCCGCGGCGCCCCUCGCCCCUCACUCACCGCCUCAGCCCUGGCGAGGGCGACGCGAGCCGGCGCUGCUCGCCCAGAGGCGGGAGCCGAGGCGCGGCCCUCCGAGGGCCGGCUCUUUCUUCUCUCCCUUCCGACGCGCGCGCGCGCUCCUGCUGCUCGCUGCCAUCGCCGCUCCCGCCUCUGCCGGGGACUGGAGACCCUCCGCGCCGGCACCCCGCCGCGCCUCCCCUCGGCGCCGGUGCCCCUCGGACCGGCCCCUCCAGGGUAGCCGGGCGGCCGGGAACGGGGCUCCGGGGCCCCGCGGAGAGCUACUGGCGCCUACGGCUACCGGGUUGUGGACACGGGGUGGCCGCUGGCUGGCCCGUGGUCUCUCCUCCUCUUCCUUCUGAGAAUUCUGCACACCUCCCAUUAUGGGCCUCGGGGGCUGCGGUGGGGUCCUGGUGCUCUCCGGGCAGUGACUGGCACUGAACUUUGAGAACACAGCUGCUGUCAGCUGCCCUAGGGGUCCCAGAAUGGGAGGAGUUGCCCCGAAGAGGCCCAAGGGCACCCCUUGAGGAGCCCCACAUCCUGAGAGUGGGGACUGAGGAACCCAGGGCCAUGCCUCCGCUACCUCUGGAGAGGGACCCCCGGCAGCAGCGCGGGGUCUCCCUGCUGGUGCGAUAUUUUAUGAUCCCCUGCAACGUCUGCCUGAUCCUGCUGGCCACUUCCACGCUGGGAUUCGCGGUGCUGCUUUUCCUCAACAACUACAAACCUGGGACCCACUUCACACCAGCGCCCCCCACGCCUCCAGAUGCAUGCCGAGGAAUGCUGUGUGGCUUCGGCGCCGUGUGCCAGCCCAGCGCAGAGGGCUCCGGCCGAGCCUCCUGCGUGUGCAGGAAGAGCGCCUGCCCCGCCCUGGUGGCCCCCGUGUGCGGUUCCGACGCCUCCACCUACAGCAGCGAGUGCGAGCUGCGGCGGGCACAGUGUAGCCGGCAGCGCCGCAUCCGCCUACUCAGCCGAGGGCCCUGCGGGUCCCGGGACCCCUGCUCCAACGUGACGUGCAGCUUUGGCAGCACCUGUGUGCGCUCAGCAGACGGGCACACGGCCACGUGCCUGUGCCCAGCCACCUGCCAGGGGCCCCCCGAUGGCCCCGUGUGCGGCAGCGACGGGGCGGACUACCCCAGCGAGUGCCAGCUCCUGCGCCACGCGUGCGCCCGCCAGGAGAACGUCUUCAAGAAGUUCGACGGCCCCUGUGACCCCUGCCAGGGUGCCCGCGGUGACCUGAGCCGUGUCUGCCGCGUGAACCCACGCACGCGGCGCCCCGAGAUGCUCCUGCGGCCGGAGAGCUGUCCUCCUCGGCACGCACCCGUGUGCGGGGAUGACGGGGUCACCUACGACAAUGACUGCAUAAUGGGCCGCACGGGCGCUGCCCGCGGCCUUCUCCUCCAGAAAGUGCGCUCUGGCCGGUGCCAGCCUCAAGACCAGUGCGCAGACGUGUGCAGGUUCGGUGCCGUGUGCCUGUCCCGCCGAGGCCGUGCCCGCUGCUCCUGCGACCGCGUCGUCUGUGACGGGGCUUACCGGCCCGUGUGCGCGCUCGACGGGCACACGUAUGACAGCGACUGCUGGCGCCAGCGGGCUGAGUGUCAGCAGCAGCGUGCCGUCCCUGCCAAGCACCAGGGCCUGUGUGACCAGCCCCUGUCCCCGUGCCUUGGGGUGCAGUGCCCGUUUGGGGCGUCGUGUGCUGUGAAGAACGGCGAAGCGGAGUGCGUGUGCCUGCAGGCGUGUUCGGGCGUCUACGACCCUGUAUGUGGCAGCGACGGCGUCACGUACGGCAGCCCGUGCGAGCUGGAGGCCACGGCCUGCGCCCUGGGACGGGAGAUCCGGGUGGCCCGCAGAGGACCCUGUGACCGCUGCGGGCAGUGCCGCUUUGGAGCUCUGUGUGAGGCCGAGAGCGGGCGCUGCGUGUGCCCCUCCGAGUGCGUGGCCUCGGCUCAGCCCGUGUGCGGUUCCGACGGGCACACGUACGCCAGCGAGUGUGAGCUGCACGUCCACGCCUGCACGCGGCAGAUCAGCCUGCAUGUGGUCUCAGCCGGGCACUGCCAGGCCUGCGGGGACACGGUGUGCGCCUUUGGGGCCGUGUGCUCGGCCGGGCGGUGCGUGUGUCCCCGGUGCGAGCGGCCCCCACCUGGCCCCGUGUGCGGCAGCGACGGCGUCACCUACGACAGCGCCUGUCAGCUCCGGGAGGCAGCCUGCCGGCAGCAGACGCACAUCCAGGAGGCCCAGGCGGGGCCCUGUGAGCAGGCUGAGUGCGGCUCGGGGGGCUCCGGCUCCGGAGAGGACGGAGAGUGUGAGCAGGAGCUGUGCCGGCAGCGAGGCGGCGUCUGGGACGAGGACUCGGAGGAUGGGCCGUGCGUCUGUGACUUCAGCUGCCACGGCGCCCCGCGGAGCCCGGUGUGUGGCUCAGAUGGGGUCACCUAUGGCACCGAGUGUGAGCUGAAGAAGGCCCGGUGUGAGUCGCAGCGAGAACUGUACGUCACGGCCCAGGGCGCCUGCCGCGGCCCCACCUUGGCCCCACUGCCACCCGCAGCACCCCCACACUGCACCCAGACCCCCUACGGCUGCUGCCAGGACAACAUCACUGCGGCCCGCGGUGUGGGCCUGGCCGGCUGCCCCAGCUCCUGCCAUUGCAACCCGCAUGGGUCCUACAGUGGUACCUGUGACCCAGCCACGGGUCAGUGCUCCUGCCGCCCGGGCGUCGGGGGCCUCAAGUGUGACCGCUGUGAGCCUGGCUUCUGGAACUUCCGUGGCAUUGUCACCGAUGGCCGGAGCGGCUGCACCCCCUGCAGCUGUGACCCCCGGGGCGCGGUGCGGGACGACUGUGAGCAGAUGACCGGGCUGUGCUCAUGUAAGCCCGGGGUGGCCGGGCCCAAGUGCGGGCAGUGUCCAGAAGGCCACGCCCUGGGCCCCGGAGGCUGUGAAACAGAUUCCUUGGCGCCUGAGACGUGUGCUGAGAUGCGCUGUGAGUUUGGGGCGUCCUGUGUGGAGGAGGCUGGCUCCGCACAUUGUGUGUGCCCAACAUCCACCUGUCCGGAGGCCAAUGCUACCAAGGUCUGUGGGUCGGACGGAGUGACCUACGGCAACGAGUGCCAGCUGAGGACCAUCGCCUGCCGCCAGGGCUUGGACAUCUCCAUCCAGAGCCUUGGCCCGUGCCGGGACUCUGUUCCUCCUGCAGAGGCUGCUGGUCCUGGUGCACCCCCAACACCUGGACCCGUGGCCACGUCAGGGCUCAACGUGAGCAAGGCGCUGCCAUCCCCCCCCGGCGCCCUGCCCCGGGCUCCCAGCAGUACCCCUCCCAGCCAGCCCACGCCUCGACCCUCACCGGGGCCGUGGACCCCUGCCGGCAUCCCCAGGACGACCCCGAGGCCCGUGCUGACCAUGCCCCCCACGGCCGCUGCCACGGCCAGCCUCACCACGUCGGCCUUUGGCGAAUCUGGCAGUGCUGACGGGAGCGGUGAUGAGGGACUGAGCGGUGACCUGGAGGCCAGUGGGACUGGCUCAGGGGGACUCGAGCCCCCUGACGGUGGCAGUGCUGCGACCCCUGGGCCACCCGUGGAGAGGGCUUCUUGCUACAACGCACCUUUGGGCUGCUGCUCAGACGGCAAGACGCCCUCGCUGGACACAGAGGGUUCCAACUGUCCUGCCACCAAGGCGUUCCAGGGUGUGCUGGAGCUUGAGGGGGUCGAGGGGCAAGAGCUGUUCUACACACCGGAGAUGGCCGACCCCAAGUCAGAGCUUUUUGGGGAGACCGCUAGGAGCAUCGAGAGCACACUGGAUGACCUCUUCCGGAACUCAGAUGUUAAGAAGGACUUCCGAAGUGUCCGCCUGCGGGACUUGGGGCCUGGCAGCUCAGUCCGAGCCAUUGUGGACGUGCACUUCGACCCUGCCACAACCUUUAGGGCGUCUGAUGUGGGCCAGGCCCUGCUCCGGCAGAUACAGGCGUCCCGGCGCCGGUCCCUGGGGGUGCGGCGGCCCCUGCAGGAGCACGUACGCUUUAUGGACUUUGACUGGUUUCCCGCGUUCUUCCUGGGAGCCACCACAGGAGCUGCGGCUGCUGCAGCCACGGCCAGAGCGACCACUAUGGCCCACGUGCCUUCUGCUGUGACCCAGCGGGCCCUCCACCCCAGCCACACAAGCCGGCCUGUUGGCAGGACCACGGCCCUGCCCACCACACGCCAGCCCCCCACCACUGCCCCCCGUCGCGUGCCUGGACGCCGGCCCUUGCCCUCAGGCCCCCAGCAGCCGCCGAAGCCCUGUGACUCCCAGCCCUGCCUCCACGGGGGAACCUGCCAGGACCAGGACUCGGCUGGAGGCUUCACCUGCAGCUGCCCAGUGGGCAGGAGGGGUGCCGUCUGCGAGAAGGCACUGCACCCCUCUGUGCCAGCCUUCGGGGGCCACUCCUUCCUGGCCUUCCCCACCCUCCGUGCCUACCACACACUGCGCCUGGCACUGGAGUUCCGGGCACUAGAGCCCCAGGGACUCCUACUCUAUAACGGCAAUGCCCGGGGCAAGGACUUCCUGGCACUGACUCUGCUGGGGGGCCGUGUGCAGCUCUGGUUUGACACCGGCUCAGGGCCCGCAGUGCUGACCAGCUUGGUGCCCAUAGAGCCCGGCCGCUGGUACCGCUUGGAGCUGUCUCGGCAUUGGCGCCGGGGCUCGCUCUCAGUGGAUGGGGAGACCCCUGUUCUGGGCCAUAGCCCCAGCGGGACUGAUGGUCUCAACCUGGACACAGACCUCUUUGUGGGCGGCGUCCCGGCGGACCAGGCUGCCGUGGUGCUCGAAAGGACCUCCAUUCGUGUUGGCCUCAGGGGCUGCAUCCGCCUGCUGGACGUCAAUAAUCAGCGGUUGGAGCUCAGCAGCUGGCAGGGGGCUGUAACCCGAAGCUCCGGUGUGGGCGAGUGCGGGGACCACCCCUGCCUGCCCAACCCCUGCCUCGGCGGGGCCCCGUGCCAGGCCCUGGAGGCUGGCAUGUUCCACUGUCAGUGCCCACCUGGCCGCUUUGGUCCAACCUGUAGCGUUGACAAGAACCCCUGUGAGCCCAACCCCUGCCAUGGGGCAGCCCCCUGCCGCGUGUUGCCUGAGGGGGAGGCCAAGUGCGAAUGCCCCCAGGGACGGGGGGGCACCAUCUGCCAGACAGUCUCUGAGCGGGAUCAUUCCCAGCCCUUCCUGGCUGACUUCAGCGGCUUCUCCUACCUGGAGCUGAAAGGCUUGCACACCUUUGACCGGGACCUAGGGGAGAAAAUGGUACUGGAGGUGGUGUUCUUGGCACGUGGCCCCAACGGCCUGCUCCUCUUCAACGGGCAGAAGACAGACGGCAAGGGGGACUUCGUGUCCUUGGCCUUGCGUGACCGCUUCCUGGAGUUCCGCUACGACCUGGGCAAGGGGGCGGCGGUCAUCAGGAGCAAGGAGCCAGUGGCCCUGGACACCUGGACCAGGGUCUUACUGGAGCGCAACGGCCGCAAGGGCGCCAUGCGGGUCAGUGACGGGCCGCGCGUGCUGGGGGAGUCCCCGGUGCCACACACUGUCCUCAAUCUGAAGGAGCCGCUCUAUGUGGGAGGGGCCCCUGACUUCAGCAAGCUGGCCCGGGCAGCCGCAGUGUCCUCCGGCUUCGACGGCGUCAUCCAGCGGGUCUCCUUGAAAGGCCAGGAGCUGCUGACCCAGGAGCACGUGGUUCGGUCCGUGGAUGUCUCGUCUUUUGCCCACCACCCUUGUACCCAGGCCUCAGGCCACCCGUGCCUCAAUGGGGCCUCCUGCCUCCCUCGGGAGGCCUCCUACGAGUGCCUGUGUCCCGGGGGCUUCUCCGGGCUUCACUGCGAGAAGGGGCUGAUUGAGAAGUCAGCAGGGGAUGUGGACGCCCUGGCCUUUGAUGGACAAACCUACAUCGAAUACCUCAAUGCUGUGACUGAGAGCGAACUGACCAAUGAGAUCCCAGCUGAGAAGGCCCUGCAGGGCAACCACUUUGAGCUGAGUCUGCGCACGGAGGCCACCCAGGGGCUGGUGCUGUGGAGUGGCAAGGCCACGGAGCGGGCGGACUACCUCGCGCUGGCCAUCGUGGAUGGGCGCCUGCAGCUGACCUAUGACUUGGGCUCCCAGCCCGUGGUGCUACACUCCACCGUGCCGGUCAACACCAACCGCUGGUUGCGGGUCAGGGCACAUAGGGAACAGAGGGAAGGUUCCCUUCAGGUGGGCAACGAGGCCCCUGUGACUGGCUCUUCCCCACUGGGUGCCACACAGCUAGACACAGACGGAGCCCUAUGGCUGGGUGGCCUGGAGAAGCUGCCCACGGGCCAGGCCCUGCCCAAGGCCUACAGCACAGGCUUUGUGGGCUGUCUGCGGGACGUGGUGGUGGGUCAGCGCCCGCUGCACCUGCUGGAGGAUGCUGUCACCAAGCCGGAGCUUCAGCCCUGCGCCACCCCAUGAGACACACCACAGCCCACCACCCACCCUGUUGUCAUUAUUUUCUAUUUUUGUAAACUCAUGGCUUUUUUGAUAUGGUUUUCUUGCCUAUGUGUUGGCCAGAGGGACUACUGGACCAGCCUCCCUACCGUCCAAGCAGACAAGCUACAGAGAUAAACUCUGUGUCACGGGACUUGCAGGGGGAGAUGACACGGGCAGCAUGGAGGGCUUGACUCCAGCGGCAGCUUCAGGAUGUGUCCCUCUGCCUUGGGCCACUGUGUCUCGGCCCCUCGUGCUGUGCCUCCCCCGUGUGUCCACCCGUGCUGGGCCUGUGUCCCCAGAGCAGGAAGGCACUGCUGGGGCUUGAGGGGGCCCUUCCUCCAUGCAAGCCCUCAGGGGCCUUUCUGGGUUCCCACUUGAGCUGCUCCUCCCCCCUGGGUCUGCUGUAGGCCAGGGCUAGCCUCGAGCCCAGACUGGCCCCUCCCAGGCCUCCUGUGCCAAUGUGGUGACUUCACAGCAAUGUUAUUGUCGGGGCUCUACUGUACCCCUCCCUUCAACCGUGUCCACCAGUCCCAGAGCGCUGGAGAACAGAGGCCAGGCCCAGGCCCGGUCAGGGCACCUUGGCCCUUCGCUAGCCCUGCCUGUCUACCCAGCCACCCUGGACAUAGCUGUGCCCCCUCUGAUACCCCAGCUCUCAUUAGCAGUCCUAAGAGGGAGCAGGGCUGCUGUGGGAUGCGGUGGAUGCCCACUGCCUCCUUGCUUGGGUAGCUGGCACCCCCUCUCAAGGGUGGAUGUCUGGGCCUGACCACCAACCUUUCUGCAUUGAUUUUAGUUGAUCCCUGGGGUGACAGGGCCAUCAUCCCUCCUGUCCUGGCCCAAGGGCAGCUGAGCACACCAUACAGCAAACUCUCUCUCUGGUUCUGGUGUGAGGGGUGUCGUUGUCCAAGACCAAGGCCAAGGCCAAGGGGUGGGUGUAGAGGCAGCAGAGAAAACUGCAAUAUUACACCCCAUCCCACCUGCCCCCCCACACACCCUGUCUUCCUGUGGGGGUGGCAGCCCUAACCCUCCCACAGCUGGGAAUGGGCCAUUGAGCCCAAAGGCUGGAGGGAACCCCGUAUGUCAUGUUACUAACUCCAGUCUGUGUCUGUGUCAGUCACCGUGAAAUAAAGUCUGAACACUUUAAAA